GCCAGCAGAUAAAACAACGUUCACAAGUGUCGAGACGAUGGAGGACAGCGAGGAGCCGUCGGACACCCAGCAGUCAGACCCCAGAGAGAAGAAGGGGGACUCCGAGGAGGAAAGCUUCAGCCGGCAGACGACCUGAACGGACUCGGAGCAGGAUGGAUGAAAUCAGUCGGCUUUUGGGCACCAUAGAGCGCACGCGCACUGAAAGUGUUUCCACGCAGUCAACAGGCAGCAAACUGGCCCUGCUCCAUCGGCUUCACCAGCUGAUGACCUGUGUCGAAGACUUAAACCCCAGAGACGAGCUACACAAGAAGGUGGUCAAGACCCUGGAUAACGCCUUCCUCGUCUGCGGCAAGAGAGCCAACAAGCCGAAAAAGGACCGCUUCAGGCUGCACAUGGUGACAUGGAACGUGGCUACAGCUGAUCCUCCAGAUGAUGUGACCUCACUUCUCCACCUGAACUCCCCAAAGAGCCCUGAUCUCUAUGUCAUUGGUCUGCAGGAAGUGUACUCUGGGCCCUUGAGAUUUGUGUCAGACGUUGUGUUCGAUGACCCUUGGAGUCAUCUGUUUAUGUCGACCUUAGCGCCACGGAAAUACAUCAAGGUGUCGUCCAUGAGAAUGCAGGGCCUGCUGCUGCUUUUCUUCUCCAAGCUGGAGCACGUCCCCUUCAUCAGAGACAUCCAGGCUACGUACACACGCACAGGCCUUUAUGGUUACUGGGGUAAUAAAGGCGGCGUCUCCAUCCGAUUAUCUUUCUGUGGCCACACGCUCUGCUUUCUUAACUGCCACUUGGCUGCUCAUAUGAACUACGCCUCAGAGAGAGUGGAUGAGUUUGAGUACAUCACAGACACGCAGACUUUUGACUGUAAAAAAGCUCCAGCUAUUCUUGACCACAGAUUAGUUUUCUGGUUUGGAGAUCUCAACUUUCGAAUUCAGGACCACGGAAUGCACUUUGUCCGCAACUGUAUCAACAAGCAGACCUACGACCUUCUGUGGAGCAAAGACCAGUUGACCAUGAUGAAGCAGAAGGAGCAGCUGCUGCAGGAGUUUGAGGAAGGGCCGCUGGACUUUCAGCCCACAUACAAAUUUGACCUUAACUCUGAUACUUACGACAGCAGGCUCUACAAGACAUGGUUUGGCUUUAACGGUAAGAAGCGUAAACCUGCCUGGACCGACAGGAUUCUGUGGCGAAUCCGACCCAAACUCCUGCCCCCAGAUGAGGAAAACGAAAAUAACGUUGGACUGGAUGCAAAGAGGCUGAAGCAGCUGGAAGAGGAUGUGGAGUACCCCCUGAAGAUCAGACAGGACCUGUACACCAGCAUCAUGGAGUACAGCAUCAGUGACCACAAGCCUGUCAUUGGUGUCUUCACACUAGAGCUGAGGAAAAUGUACGAGACUCCUCUAGUGCGUCUGCAGGCAGAGGGUGACUGGAGUGCAGACAUUGAUGCCAUGGUGGUCUACAGCCCUCUGCAGCCAUUCCCCUCCAGUACUUGGGACUGGAUUGGCCUCUACAAGGUUGGAUUCAGCAGCGUGUUAGACUACAUCACCUACACGUGGGUCAAAGACGAUGAGGUGGCCUUCAAUGAGGAGAUCAUACAGGUGUAUGUAAGUAAGGAGGAAAUCCCCGUGCAGGGAGGGGAUUGUGUACUGUGCUACUACUGUAAUGCUCUGAAGUGCAUCAUUGGAAUAAGUGAACCAUUCCAGGUCCAGGCGUCCAAGGUGGCCAUUGAGGAAGGCAUGCUGCCUGAAAGGAUCAAUGGACUUGACAAAGCUGUAUCUGGUGAUGACUUUUGGAACUGAUGAGUCAAACAUCAUAGAUUUAGGAGUGAAAAGCCUGAACUCCAAAUUGUUUUUUUUUUGCUGGGUUUCUUAACAUGCUGCUGAAAGAGCAGGUCAGGGACCUGCGCCUGUUCUUCCUUUCCCACAGCUGCAGCACUGACCUCUCUGAGGGACUGUUACUGCUCAGCAGUCAGUACGUGUUCUGUUUGACCUGUAAACUCAGAAUGGGCAAAAUAGCAUGAAGGUAUUAGAAUGGAUGCUCACAUUUAAAUUGGCUUUAUAAUAAGCAAAGAAAUGUUUUAUUUUACUCUUUAUAAAAAAAAAAAAAAAGUAAAGUGAAAUAAGAUGGAGUGCUGUGCCUAGAUUUUAUUGUAUAUGUUUGUUUCAUGAUGAAUAGGUUGGAUCAAUUGAUAAAUGAAAGUGAAGAAUAUUUUAGGGUGUGUACAAGCCUGCUGCUUUCUGUGAUCAGGAAGGAUAUGGAAGGAAGUAGCAAAGGUCAGAAUUAUCCCCACUGUAGAUACAACCAAUGGACAAUUAGUUGUACUUUUUUUUUUCUCCAAAUUUACAUCACUGACCCAGGUGGACCGCUUGCAUACUCGUAAAAACUAUGAUGGUGUUUGUUCAGAGCCAUUGUGAAGCAAAGUUUCACAUCAUGCCACUGUUUUUGAACUGUCAUGCACCACACAAAUAUUGUGACAUUCAAAAGGAGGAGGAGGCGUAGAAUCGGUUAAUCACACCGCUCUGGCUGCUGACGGACUGCAACAAUAAGCUUGUUGUCGAUUCCUGAUUGUGGGUGCUGUCAAGAGUCUCCGGGCGGAUCUCAGCUGACUGGCUUUUGCGAUAAAGUGUCGACGUCGAGAACUUUUCACUGAAAUGAAAAUAUUUUACACAUCAAAUUGGCAUCAGUUUAGGUCCUUGCAUGGACUAAAUGUUGGCACAUGAAACCUUUGCUUCAUCCUUGGUCUGAACACACCAUAACGCCGGCGUGAGGCAAAAUCCUUAUACCUACUUUGAAGAAUAGGCUCAAGUCUAGCUUCACUUUACUGCUACUGUACAGAAAAGGAAAAGGGAAUAAGUUAGCAAAGCCCAGUGGCCGUUUUUGUUUUACAAGGCAUCAUGGUCACAUUAAUGGCAAAGCCAGUGUGAUGCUGGAGCUUACACGCUUAAUGUCUUAAUUUAUAGUUAGAUAAUAGCUGCAUUUUCUAUGUGAUCGUGUCAGUCUGACUUCAGCAAACCCUCAGGAGGCAGUAGUCAGAAGGACAAGCCCUGCUUCUGCAGUCACUGUAAGUGUCACUCUGUAGAAGUCUGCAGGACCACCAAACUGAACUCCUUUCCACUUAUCUUUAUAGCAGUUUUGAAAUAUACACAGAAUUGUUAGCUGUGAGGGGCUGAUCUUAGUCUGUACUGUCCUGAAAGCAUCGCUGUGGUCUGUAAGCUGGAUUUAGUCGUGGUUAUUUAAAGUUAUUUAAAGUAUUACCAGGGCUCAUGGAAUAUCCUGUGAAAGAUGAGAUGAUUUUGUAGCUUUGUAGUGUUUUAAUGAACUUCAGUUGCUCGUGAAGACUUGAAAACAUAGCUGUAUAAUAUACAGUACCUUCUUUUGAGUGAGUUAGCUGUGGCUCAUUUUCAGUUUUCUGCCUUCUGGAAGGUCACAGUUAAAAAAAAAAAAAAAAAAAGUGAUUCCUUUUAGGGUUGAUUGUGGCAUCAAAGUGAAAUGCAGACCUUAAAGAAAUGUUGCACUGUAAAGUGAUUAUAGGCUCUCACAAUAUUGUUAGUGUGAUCAAAUAUAUCUAAAUAUUUAGUUUUUAUUGAACUCUGUGGAGGUGGUUAGCACUGCUGCCUCACAGCUAGAAGGACAUCUAGAAGGUCUGGGUUCGACUCCACCUUGGCUCAGGCCUCUCUGUGUGGAGUUUGCAUGUUCUCCUCAUGUCUGCGUGGGUUUCCUCUGGAUACUCUGGUUUCCUCCCACAGUCCACAGACAUGCAGUGACUGGGGUUACAUUAAUUAAUUGGUGACUCUAAAUUGCCCAAAUGUGUGAAAGGUUGUUUGUCUCUCUGUGUUAGCCCUGCGACAGGCUGGCGACCUGUACAGGGUGUACCCUCCCUCUCGCCCCAUGAUGCUGGGAUAGGCUCCAGCCCCCCACCCCCCACCACCACAACCCUGGACAGGAUGAGCAGAAGAGAAUGGAUGGAUGGAUGAACUCUGUGGAUUCAGCAAGUGCCUCUGACACGCCGCUUUACAUUUACUGUACUGUGCUGCUUAACUUUGAUACAUGUAUCGUCGUAUUGAUUUGAUUAUUUAUAACAUAGCAAAAUGUUGGUGCCCUGUUGGAGAUCUUUCUGAUUUUAAAGCAACAGCUUACCUCAGAAUUAAAAAUACAUAUUUUGCUUUGGCCUGUGGUUCUAUGUACUGAUCUAGAUUACUUUGGUUUGAAGCUUUGCAGAUAUGAGCUGUGGAAAUGUCUGCUUCCUCGUGGAUUCAAAUGAACAAAAUGACACUUGUGAUUCUCAAAGCACCGGGAAAACCUAAAACAAAAAGAUAUUUAAUAAAUGAGCAAAUACAUGCAUACAUAGAUUAGAAAAACUCAGCAACGAUGUCUCUCUAUAAAUUAUGACCCAGUUUCUUGAAAAUAUCCACAAAUCUUGAGCAGUUUCAUGUAGGAACCAUCUUAUUUCUACCAAAUGUAUCACUCUGCAAAUGAGUCAUGAUUAGGGUUUCUAACAGUGUAACAGCAUAUGGGCAUUAAUGGUGUCUCAGCAGAGCAGCAGUGUUAGCUAGCAGCGCUCUUCUUUUUAGUUGGCGGAUGUAGACGGUAGAAAGAAAAUAGUUCCUUCGUGGAACUGUUCACAGUGAGGUUUGGGGAUUGUUUUAACCAACCAGGUCAUAAUUCCUGGAAGGAGAUGUUGCUGCUGAGUUAUAAUAUCACAGUGAAUUUUUUUGACCACCAUGAGGCCAGUUCCAUUGUAUUUAACAGCAGGCAGGAAACUCAAUAGCUUCUCAUCUGUGAAACUAGGCCACUCACACCAGAGGAAAUAUGUCUAAAUAUGCACAUUUGAUUUUUAGAGGGUCCCUUUAAAUAUUGCUGUUCUAAACUUUGAGCUACGCAAACGUUUGUUUGCAACGUUGCUGUUACUGACUUCUUGGAAUCAGUUAUAUUAAGACUACACACACACACAUAAAUAUAUGCUUUGUUUAACUGAAGGGUGACUUAUGUUCUGAAAUAGCAAUGAAACCUACUGUAACAGAAUGUGAACAAAUGUAUAGCUUUGUAAAUGCAGUAUUAAAUAAGUACCUUUA